UUAUGGAUAUGUUAUGCAAAUGUCAGCACCGGUUGCAUUUAACUUCUGGGCGGACACGUCCAAGGGUGUUACUUACUUCUUUCUAUUUACCCUACUUUAGGCCAUCAAAGUAGUUCCUCUUUGUUAUUGCUAGUACCAGUUCUAGUUGUAUUCCUGCAGAUAAAUGUAGAAUGUACAAGUACAAAUGGGGAGGAUACCUCUAAAGUUUAAGAAUCUGCGGUGGCUGCAUGCGUAGAUGAUUUAGUGAGACUAACCGCGCAUAAAGUGAAGGUAAAAAUGUUGCUGAACUUUUAAUUCUGCUUGCCUUAGUAAAAUGCCCCCUUAAGUGCACACGCCGUUACUGCAGCACAGCAAUCAUUUGUGGGAUCUCAUCAUUUUAAGUGGCUUUAAAACCUUUACAAAGUGUCUCCGGCAUCCUGGCAGCGCAUGAAAGAGCAUGGCUAAUAAUCAGUGCAAUCAAGCAGCUUCAUCAACACGCAGCACGUUGACGGGGACUGUGACCGGCCUCCGAUCGAGCCGCGGUGACCCCCGGUGACCCCUGGGAACAGGUUUGUUGUGGUCAACCGGUCUCUCCAAGCACUGGCUGCCUCUCUGUCACUGCCUUUUUAUUGUCACGUGUAACGCACACUAAUGUUUUGACCAUUGGCUGUCGCUGUGCCGUCUUAACAACUAGCCAUCUUUGCUGGCGUUAACAUCAGAAUGGCUUCCAUUGGAAAUGUCCCCCGCCUUCUCGUCUGGGUGAUUCGGCAUGGUUGAUGUGAAGGCAGGUCGGUUUUUCUUUGCGAGUCUCGAUGCAUGUUUGAUCCCCGUGCCCUCGUCUGUAUGUCGCACUUGUGUUACAGACGGCAGUCCCAACGUCAGCAGCGCCGCAGACCCAGCCUCAGGGUUACAAAACGCUGCGGAAGUGAGCACCCUGCUGCCCCCAACCAACGCGCCAUCGGAGUCAAGCAACCCACUAGAACCCCAACAAUCAUCCCGGAGCAAGAAGGAGCCGGCCAGCAAGCACCACCAUUCCAACCACCGCCACCGCUCCCCCAACAAGAAAACCAGCAAGGGAAAACACAAGGGGAAGAAGUCCACGGAGAAGAAGAAGAAGGAUGACAAAAGAGGCGAAGGCCGGCGCCAGCACUCCAGCGGGCACCACCGCAGCCGCCACCGCUCACCCGACAAGGUGCACGGCCGGACGCGCAGUGCAGAAAACACCCUGGACGGCCGCCACGGCGCACGCCGCCACGGCCGCUCCCCCGACAAACGCCGCGCCCGCCGCUCCUCUCCUCAACGCCACCGCUCUCCCUACCGCUCGCCGCGCCGCCACCGGUCCCCCCACCGCUCUCGGCACCACUCCCCGACCAGACGCCACGCCCAUUCCUCAGACCCCUACCGCGGCCUCGCCUCCCCAGAGAGACAGGGCCGCAGCAACGAGAAGCCCAACGGGGAGAUGCCCCCCAGGACUCCUGAACGCAGCUCGUCUCUGGAGGACAACGUCCUCCGUGAGCUCCCUGCCCUGGACCGCCUGAACAGGGAGGACACGCUACCGCCGCUGCGCAGGGAUGAGCGCCUGUACGCGGAGGACAGUCUGCUGAUGAGCGCCUCCUCCAUGGAGAGAGCCUACAAGGGGGACAGCCUGCUGAGGGACCUGGCCUCCCGCGGCCAGAGGGACGCCUUCAAAGACGUUACCUUGCCCAGAGUGCGCACCCCCGACUCUGAUUCCGCCUUCCAGAAGUACAGCUCGCUGCUGAGGGGGCGCUCGCCCGAGAGGACGGAGAGGAACGGUCGCUUCGCCAGCCGAGAGAGGUCUCCCGCGCCGCAGUACCGAGCCCGCAGCCUGGGACGAGACAUCUCCCCGAUCGGGAGCUCCAGGGGGGACUACUCGGAGGACGAAGAGGACGAUGACACUUUUGUAGCGGCCAAGGUGAGGGAGUACUACAGCACGCUCCAGACCAGCAGCAGUCGUCCAUCCGCACUGCCGGAGCCCAAGAAGACCUACAAGGAUAGCCCCAAAGACCUGAGCAUCUGAAUGGACGCCUGUCAGCCAAUCAAACCACCACCCACAAACACCUCAAGUACUCAUUCACAUCACCACUUGGUUCUACAGAAAUGCACCAAUUAUGAAUACACACACAUAGACACACACACACACACACGCACACACUUUAUGUAACAAUGUUGAGUUACUAACAAGACAGUGAAUCCAAAAUGACUUUUGAAAACUGUUUCUUUUUUAUUUUGUAUGUUUUUUCCCCUUUUUUUCUUCUUGUUUUUGGUUAAGCAUUCGACAUUUCCAGUAACUCAGACUUUUCCAGAAAAUGUAAAACCAUAAAAAAACAAUGAUGUGCCUAACAGUUCCAUUAACGAGCAACAUUUUGUUUUUGAUUUGAUAAGUGACGGGCGUUUUGUGCCGCACUGUCAGAUGAUGAAAUGUAUGUACUUUUCCACGAGGAUCCCAUGGAAGUACCACGCACCUGGAUCAUGUAACCGGUGUUCACAAUGAUGCUGUGCAUGUCUUUACCGGUUUCAAUGUCUCUCUCUCUCUCUCUCUCUCUCUCUCUCUUUUUCUUUCUUUCUUUCUUUCUUUCUUUCUUUCUCUCUCUCCCCCCUCCAGUGCCACUGUUUUUUAGACAUUUGACCAGACUAUAGCACAAGCCUGCAUUUGUUUGUAUAUUUUUGACAGUUUGCAGUAUGUGUACAUUCAGAGGUGAUCAUUUUAAAUGAAUGAAGGGAAAAUUAAAAGUUAAACUAUGAUGAUGAUGAUGAUGUUAAAAUAAAAUAAUAUAUUCAACGAA